AUGAGCAUGAAUCGGGAUGCUGUUGUGCAAGAUACAAUAUUAACAAUGGCGACUGUAAAGCAGGAACGGGGUCAGGAACGUCAAGCACAAGCCCCCAGCAAACGCUCCACGCAGCCAACAUGGAAUACCAAGGACCUGGGCAAGCGACUCGGUGUCGAUGUCGCUAGCGCAGCAACAGCCGGCGUGCUGACCUGCCCAUUGAUCACCAUCAUUGAUCGUGCAAUUAUGGAGAAAGCCUCAAAAGGCUUCCCAAUCGGCCAAACAAUCAACAACUGCCUCCGAUCGAUGGUUGCUCGACCCAGCGGCUUCUUCUUCAGCACUCCAUUCAUCCUCAUCUACACCCUAUACACCUCGACCUACCUCACAGCGAACGCAAUAGAUACCCUCAAAUCAACAACACACAACGAGCCCUACAAUGCCAUAGACACAGGCCUCCCCAAGUUCUUCGCAACAACAAUAGUGAACAUGACGAUAUGCGUUUACAAAGACGCGCGCUUCGCCAAAAUGUUCGGCGCCUCUCCUUCCGAAUCUCCAGCUAGAAACAGCACCAUAAACACAAACCUAGUCGCGCGGAAGUACAGCUCCGCUCUGCGCGCCCCACUCCCUCCUUCCGCACCCUCAGCACCAACUCUCCAAAUACCUAAAGUCUCCUACGGCCUCUUCUGUCUCCGCGACAGUAUCACAAUCUGGGCUUCUUUCAAUAUCCCUGCCCUCAUCGCACCCUCAGUCCCAGACUUCCUAGCUUCAAGCUCAACCAUGAAAUCCAGCAUCGCGCAGUUUGCCUGUCCCGCUGCUAUGCAGUUCGCUAGUACGCCCAUGCACCUCCUCGGUUUGGAUCUGUAUAACCGACAGCCGGCCGGUGGUCUGCGCUGGACGGAACGUGUGGCGCGGAUUCGUCGGGACUAUGUGCCUAGUUGCUUUGCGCGCAUGGGCAAGAUUGUUCCUGCGUAUGGUGUUGGUGGUGUGGUCAAUGUGCGGAUGAGGGAUUCCUUGAUGAAGAGAGUCGAGAGCGGGGAGUGA